AUGAGUCAGCUGCUUCCAAGGACUCUACUCAAUCGCUUCUACGCUGUGCUACUUGCAGUCAACUGUUGGUCUUCCGUCAUCGUCUACUCGUUCUUCUUUAAGAAGGAUGAAGCGCGUAGACGACUCGCGUGUAUUGUGUCAGACUGCGUGCUUGACUUCAUGUCGUGUAUGGGCGUCGAGUUGAUCGUCUUGCUGAGCUACGCGGGUGAUUAUGACACGUCGAUUCUUGGUUUCCCGGAGAUUAUGUGGUACAAUGACGAGUGGAACGCGCGAGCUCUCAACGAACUGAAGAUGGUACUUGUGGUUUCCUGGACGGACCUGGCAAGUCGCUCAAUCUUCUCACUUGGGUUAAUCCUCACUACGAUGAGUAUGAAAGAACUCUUGGCACGCUUACCUCGACCACGGUUCAUGUUGCGUUCGGCACAUUUGUUGUUUGGUUUAUGGGGUUUCGUGGUCCUUGGCUUCCACAUUCAAGCUUCUAUGCAGCCAAUACAACCGCAGUGUUUGAUGCAAGUUCGACCGUGGGCAGUGACACGAACAUCAUGUUAUUUGGCUGGUCUUGACUGUCAUACGCUUGGUAUAAGCGGGAAGAAGGACGAAGUAGAUGAAAAAUGGCGAGAAUUUGACGCUUCCACUGUCGUUCAGCUACUCAUUCGACACUGUCCUGAGCUCGAGAUACCGGAUAUUUUCUGUGAAUUUCGUGAACUUCGCAACAUCAAAGUAUACAAUUCAACUAUCAACGAGUGGGGGGAAUCAGCAGCCAUUACAAGCACUAACCACCCCGGUAUGUCGUCGCUAUUACUCGUUCGUGUUAACAUGACGGAUGGGCUAUUGCCUGUUGGGUUAUUAUCUGAAGAUUUCCCUCAGACUCUUCAACUCACCAGCGUCCCUGCUGUGUUGCCUCGAUUGGAACCCUAUUAUCUGGCGUUGACCGGGAAUCCGUUAUCGGAGGUUCCUCCAGAGGUUUUCGAGGUGCAAGGCAUGCUCUUCCUCAGCAUCAGUAACAUGAAUAUCCAUCAACUUCCCCGCAACGUAACGCAGUUAUCGGCUGAGCUAUCGUGGAUAUUUAUUGGCGACACUAAUGUUUCAUUCUUUUGGGCAUGGACGGAUGAGCUUGUGGAACGCAUGAAGGGGAGAGCAAACCCGUGGCUGGCGGGACCGUCUCCAUAUUGUGAUGAUCUUGAAAAGAUUGAAACUGGUUCCGCUACGACGUUUAGUGUUCCGCUGUCACCUGUAUACUCGCAGACUCUCAUGAACCCAUCGGAGGCGAAUCGAAACGUCAUCUUAAAAGCUGUUCGGUGUGACCCUACAAUCGAAGGCCUGUUCUACCCUCUGGAGUUGGAAGACAGUAUCAAUGCAAUCAGCACUCCGCCACCUCUGGUUCAGCCGCAAUAA